AUGAAUAAAAUAUACAAUUUCUUUUUCAUUCUGUCUUCCAUUCUUUCAUUCUGUCUUCCAUUCUUUCAUUCUGUCUUUCAUUCUCUUUCAUUCUUUCAUUCUGUCUUUCAUUCUGUCUUUCAUUCUGUCUUUCGUUCUGUCUUCCAUUCUUUCAUUCUGUCUUCCAUUCUGUCUUUCAUUCUUUCAUUCUGUCUUUCAUUCUUUCAUUCUGUCUUUCAUUCUGUCUUCCAGUCUUUCAUUCUGUCUUUCUGUCUUUCAUUCUUUCAUUCUGUCUUUCAUUCCGUCUUUCAUUCUGUCUUUCAUUCUGUCUUCCAUUCUUUCAUUCUGUCUUUCAUUCUGUCUUUCAUUCUUUCAUUCUGUCUUCCAUUCUUUCAUUCUGUCUUCCAUUCUUUCAUUCUGUCUUUCAUUCUUUCAUUCUGUCUUCCAUUCUUUCAUUCUGUCUUCCAUUCUUUCAUUCUGUCUUUCAUUCUGUCUUUCAUUCUGUCUUUCAUUCUGUCUUUCAUUCUGUUUUCCAUUCUUUCAUUCUGUCUUUCAUUCUGUCUUUCAUUCUGUCUUCCAUUCUUUCAUUCUGUCUUUCAUUCUGUUUUUCAUUCUUUCAUUCUGUUUUUCAUUCUUUCAUUCUGUUUUUCAUUCUUUCAUUCUGUUUUUCAUUCUAUCAUUCUGUCUUUCAUUUUCAUUCUGUCUUUCUGUCUUUCAUUCUUUCAUUCUUUCAUUCUUUUCAUUCUUUCAUUCUGUCUUUCAUUCUGUCUUUCAUUCUGUCUUUCAUUCUCUUUCAUUCUUUCAUUCUGUCUUUCAUUCUGUCUUUCAUUCUUUCAUUCUUUCAUUCUGUCUUCCAUUCUUUCAUUCUGUCUUCCAUUCUUUCAUUCUGUCUUUCAUUCUUUCAUUCUGUCUUUCAUUCUGUCUUUCAUUCUGUCUUCCAUUCUUUCUUUCAUUCUUUCAUUCUGUCUUCCAUUCUUUCAUUCUGUCUUUCAUUCUGUCUUUCAUUCUGUCUUUCAUUCUGUCUUUCAUUCUGUCUUUCAUUCUGUCUUUCAUUCUGUCUUUCAUUCUGUCUUUCAUUCUGUCUUUCAUUCUGUCUUUCAUUCUUCCAUUCUGUCUUUCAUUCUUCCAUUCUGUCUUCCAUUCUUCCAUUCUGUCUUCCAUUCUUUCAUUCUGUCUUCCAUUCUGUCUUUUAUUCUUUCAUUCUGUCUUUUAUUCUUUCAUUCUGUCUUCCAGUCUUUCAUUCUGUCUUCCAGUCUUUCAUUCUGUCUUUCAUUCUGUCUUUCUGUCUUUCAUUCUUUCAUUCUGUCUUUCAUUCUUUCAUUCUGUCUUUCAUUCUUUCAUUCUGUCUUUCAUUCUUUCAUUCUGUCUUUCAUUCUGUCUUCCAUUCUUUCAUUCUGUCUUCCAUUCUUUCAUUCUUUCAUUCUGUCUUUCAUUCUGUCUUCCAUUCUGUCUUUUAUUCUUUCAUUCUGUCUUUCAUUCUGUCUUUCAUUCUGUCUUUCUGUCUUUCAUUCUUUCAUUCUGUCUUCCAGUCUUUCAUUCUUUCAUUCUGUCUUUCAUUCGUUCAUUCUGUCUUUCAUUCUGUCUUCCAGUCUUUCAUUCUGUCUUUCAUUCUGUCUUCCAGUCUUUCAUUCUGUCUUUCAUUCUGUCUUUCAUUCUGUCUUUCAUUCCGUCUUUCAUUCUGUCUUCCAUUCUUUCAUUCUGUCUUCCAUUCUGUCUUCCAUUCUGUCUUUCAUUCUGUCUUUCAUUCUUUCAUUCUGUCUUUCAUUCUGUCUUUCAUUCUGUCUUCCAUUCUUUCAUUCUGUCUUUCAUUCUGUCUUUCAUUCUGUCUUUCAUUCUUUCAUUCUGUCUUCCAUUCUUUCAUUCUGUCUUCCAUUCUUUCAUUCUGUCUUUCAUUCUUUCAUUCUGUCUUUCAUUCUGUCUUCCAGUCUUUUAUUCUGUCUUCCAGUCUUUCAUUCUGUCUUCCAGUCUUUCAUUCUGUCUUUCUGUCUUCCAUUCUUUCAUUCUGUCUUCCAUUCUGUCUUUUAUUCUUUCAUUCUGUCUUUCAUUCUCUUUCAUUCUUUCAUUCUGUCUUUCUGUCUUUCAUUCUUUCAUUCUGUCUUCCAUUCUUUCAUUCUGUCUUUCAUUCUUUCAUUCUGUCUUUCAUUCUUUCAUUCUUUCAUUCUGUCUUUCAUUCUGUCUUUCAUUCUUUCAUUCUGUCUUUCAUUCUGUCUUCCAUUCUGUCGUUUAUUCUUUCAUUCUGUCUUCCAGUCUUCCAUUCUUUCAUUCUGUCUUUCAUUCUGUCUUCCAGUCUUUUAUUCUCUCUUUCAUUCUGUCUUUCUGUCUUUCAUUCUUUCAUUCCGUCUUUCAUUCUGUCUUCCAGUCUUCCAUUCUUUCAUUCUGUCUUUCAUUCUGUCUUUCAUUCUGUUUUUCAUUCUUUCAUUCUUUCUUUCAUUCUUCCAUUCUUUCAUUCUGUCUUUCAUUCUGUCUUUCUGUCUUUCUGUCUUUCAUUCUUUCAUUCUGUCUUUCUGUCUUUCUGUCUUCCAUUCUUUCAUUCUUUCAUUCUGUCUUUCAUUCUGUCUUUCAGUCUUUCAUUCUGUCUUCUAUUCUUUUAUUUCGUUGUCUCUUCCAUUUUUUCAUUCUGUCUUCCAUUCUGUCAAAUGGUCAUUCACUCUCUCAUUCUUUCUGUCAUUCUGUCUUCCAUUGUCUUUCAUUCUUUCAUUCUGUCUUUCAUUUUGUCUUUCAUUCUAUUUCUUUUUUUCUCUCACUGAAACCAAAGACAUUUCGACCAAAUCAGGUUGA